AUGGGUUUCACGUCAAACUGGAGAAAUGCCAUUUUUUUUCAAACCGAAAUCAAGUACUUGGGGCACAUUAUCGACAGCAAACGCAUCCGUCCUGAUCCAGAAAAGCUCCAAGUCAUCGCUUCUAUCCCGGCACCAACCAACGUUUCCGAGCUCCGUUUCUUCCUGGGAGCCGUUAACUUCUACGGCCGGUUUGUUCGUAACAUCCAUGAGCUUCGCCAUCCUCUCGACAAACUACUCAAGAAGGAUACGAAGUGGCAGUGGAAUACCGAUUGUCAACGGUCUUUUGAGCAAUUCAAACAAGUUCUGCAGUCCGAACUGUUGCUGACGCAUUACGAUCCCGAAUUACCAAUCAUCGUAGCGGCGGACGCUUCCAGCACGAGCAUCGGUGCAGUGAUCUUCCACGAAUUUCCCAAUGGACACUUGAAGGCAAUUCAGCACGCAUCGAGAUCCCUCACCCAGGCAGAGCAAGCUUAUGGACAGCCCGAAAAGGAAGCACUUGCGCUAACCUAUGGCGUUACAAAGUUCCACAAGUACUUGUUGGGUCAACGAUUCACUCUUCUCACUGACCACAAGCCAUUGCUAUCAAUCUUUGGGUCAAAGAAGGGUAUUCCAUUGCAUACCGCGAAUCGACUCCAGCGGUGGGCGUUGAUGCUACUCAACUACGACUUCGACAUCCGUCACGUUUCCACCAACGACUUCGGUUGCGCAGAUAUGCUGUCUAGAUUGAUCGACCGUACCAAACAGCCCGAGGAAAAUUACGUCGUAGCAGCGAUUUGCCUAGAAGAUGACAUGGUGAGCAUUGUUCGUGAUGCGGUUGAACAAAUACCAGUUUCUUUCGCAGCUAUUCAAGCUGCAACGAAGACUGACAAGGCGCUGCAAAUUGUGCUGCAGUACAUUCGUGAAGGCUGGCCAACAGAUACACGGUCAAUCAUGACUCCAGACGUUCGUACCUACUUCAGCAGACGAGAAUCCCUUACUCAUGUCAACGGUUGUAUCCUAUUUCACGACAGAAUUGUCGUUCCGAGAAAGUUCCGCAGGCAAAUCCUUAAGCAGUUUCAUCGCGGACAUCCUGGCAUGGUUCGCAUUGCACGAAGUUUUGUUUUCUGGCCAGGAAUCGAUAAUGACAUCGAAGAAUUCGUCCGGAACUGUACUCCAUGCUGCACUGCUGGGAAAGCACCUGUCAAAACAACUCUGGAAUCUUGGCCCAUUCCUGACAAGCCGUGGUCACGCAUUCAUGUGGACUAUGCUGUACCUGUGGAUGGCAUUUGCUUUUUGGUGGUAGUUGAUCCAUACACCAAGUGGCCAGAAGUGUACGCGAAUAAAUCUACAACCAGCAGCGCUACAACGAAGAUGCUAUCGCAAGCGUUCGCAACGUUUGGUGUACCAGAAACCAUCGUCUCGGAUAACGGUACCCAAUUCACUAGCCACGAGUUCCAAGUUUGCUGCGAAAAACAAGGUAUUCGUCACAUUCUCACUGCACCAUACCAUCCCCAGUCAAACGGAUUGGCGGAAAGGUUUGUGGAUACUUUGAAGCGUACCCUGCGAAAAUUCGAUCGGGAGGAGAGACUUUAG